UGUUUAUAUACUAAAAAUACUAAAUACUAAAAGAGAAGAAAAUAGGGCUAAUUUUUUGUCUGAGCAUUGUUUUUUUGUAAAUUAUUAAAUAAAUUGAAAUGGCAAGCGAAGAUGAGGGAAUUGGGGAGCUGGAAUCCCGUCUGGAGGACGCAACUCUAGAGGACAUAGGCGCCCGGCAUCGCCGUGAGCGCAAGGAGCUGCAGGCGAAACUGCAGUCAUUGAAGAAGAACGCCCCGAAAAACAACAAGAACAAGAGGAAAGAGUUUCUGGAGGAGAUGGCCCGCUUAGAAGGGGAACUGGAGCAGCGUCACAAGGCGGAAUUGCAGGCGGCGGAGGCCAAGGACGCUCCAGAGGAAACGGAAGUCAAGAAGCCAGCGGAAAAGCCAGAAAACGCAGUGCCAAAAGAGGAGGAAGGCGAGGAAAAGGAUGAGGAGGAGGAGGACCAGGUGUCCUCCAAUCAGCGCGUGUCCAAGGCGCAGAAACGACGGGACAAGAAAGCCAAGGAGGCCCGUGCCCGCGAGGCUGAGAUCAAAACGGAGCUCCAAAAUGCGGCCAAUCAGCCGUCUCCCAAAUUAAUCGAACUCCAGCAGAUCACAGCGAAGCUAUCCCAACGCCAGCUAUCCCUACACAAUAUAGCCUCCGAUGGCGACUGUUUGUAUCAGUCCAUCAGGCACCAACUCCUUGUAAAUUCGCUGCCAGGCCACAGUGUUCAGGAAUUGCGUGAGGAGACGGCCAACUAUGUGCGCGCCCACAAGGACUCGCUCAUCUGCUACAUGGUUCACCCGGAAACAGGGGAUCUCCUCAACGACCAGCAGUUCGAAAAGUACUGCCAGGAUAUAGCCAAAACUCACGCCUGGGGCGGCCACAUUGAACUAAAGGCCAUAUCAUCGCUCCUCCGGGUGCCCAUUGAAGUUGUCCAAGCGGAGGGAGCGCCUACGCUUUUGGGACAGGAGGAAUUCGGUGGAUCGCCGCUGGUCAUCUGCUACCACCGACACAUUUACCAACUGGGCGCCCACUACAACUCCACAGUGCCAGUAGCCUAAAAAGGGAAUCUAAACCCAAUGACAACCGAAACUCGCUCGAUUUUGUAACAUUUUUUUGUUAUUACACUUUAUGUUGACUUUAUAAAUACGUAUGCAUUUUGGAAGAUUUGAAUUAUUGUCAAAAAUUGCAAGUAUGUAAUAGUUAUAUACAAUAAUAGUCAAUAUAAUAACAACUCUAGGUUAGCUAGCAACUUA